AGUACUGUGGCUCUGAAUGCUCACAGGAUUGUCAGGAGCUGCGAGCGCCGUGUGGAGUGGGAGAGCAAACUAAAUAAACUAAAUAUUCUGUCUGGGUGAUACACGUUUUAACAUCAACUAAUCUGAAAUUGCAAAUUGCUGUGGAGCAGUUGCGUUGAGGGGGAUGUCACCGCAGAACGGUUACACUCAGAGCUUCUUCUUACCAAGCAUGUAGCAGAGGAGAACAAGCCCCUUCACGCCUGGGAACGAUCACACGAGGGCCACCAGGCAACCUGUGUCCCCCUGCCUGUCCAGCUGCCACCUCGCGCCCAAAGCCAACCCCAGGCCCACACGGCUGACCUCAACAGAUGUCCAGAGUGGACGAAGGGUGGGGGCAGCGGGGCCUAGGCAGGGCAGGAAGACAGAGGAGGAGAAGAUGAUGACGACUUACAGUUUCAGAAAGAAAGAUAAAAAAAAAGAGGGAAACAGUGAGACCAACAGAGAGAAGGGAAGGGGAAGGACAAAAGACCGAGCAAUUGUUAUGGGGAAUUCAUACGCAGGGCAGCUGAAGUCUGCUCGCUUCGAGGAGGCCCUCCAUAACUCCAUUGAAGCUUCUCUACGAUCGAGCAGUGGCGACCCACAGCCCAUUUUCACCCAGCUGUACCUGGAGCCUGACCAGUAUCCUGGCAACAUGGAGGACAUAAAGCCCAAGAUGGACCUGUCCCUACCCUGCGCCGAGCCUCCGGGUCAGGAUCUGUUGAUGGGCCGGACCUCCACCCAGCUGGAGGACCUGGAGGAGGAGGAUGACUCUGACAGCAGCACCCCCCCGCUGCCCUACCUGCAGGGCCCAACGCCAGACGGCUGCUGCACAAUGGAUGGUUUCUGUCAGGCCGGUAAGGACCUACGUCUGGUCUCCAUGGCAACGGAGCCAAUCGAAGUUCCAGCUGGGUUCGAGCUUGUCGGUGCCAAGUCCCCCAGUAUCCCAGAGCACAUUCUGGUGUGUGCCGUGGACCGGCGCUUUCUGCCUGAUGAGAAUGGGAAAAAUGCACUUUUAGGGUUUUCAGGUAACUGUGUGGGGUGUGGGGAGAAGGGGUUCCGGUACUUUACUGAGUUCUCCAACCACAUCAACUUGAAACUGGCCACGCAGCCCAAGAAGCAGAAGCACUUAAAAUACUAUCUGGUGAAGAACUCUCACGGUGCUCUGUGCAAAGGACCUCUCAUCUGCUGGAAAGACUGUAAGACGCGCCAGUUCUCCAGCAACAGUGCAUCCACCUCCAAGCCCAGCUCCUCCUCCUCCAUGAGCAGCAAGGAGAAUGGAGGCACCAAUGGCCAUAACUCCUCGCCCUUCUCCUUUUCAGAUUCCCCUCCCACCAGGACUCCCUCUGGCUCCUUCUUCACAGCCCAGGACCUGGCGCCAGACUGCAGCUUCCUAAAGCCUCUGGCAUCGACACCUGGGGGCAAGACUCUACCAAUAGUGCCCACGGCUCUGAGAGUGAACGGACCGACCAACGGACUGGGCGCAGACGGCCGCCCCACCUUACUGAGCCCCUCCCAGGUGUCGCUGGGAGCUCAGGGACAGGGGUACAGAACCUCUGACCCAGGAGACAGCACUGUUUCCUCUGCCAUGACCUCAGGUCCACCGAAGAAGCGCCACCGCGGUUGGCACCCCAGCUCCACGGUCCCAGUCCCCCCCACAGCUGUCCCGGUGCCCGCCAUUCGACCCAUCGUCUGCCCCACAGGCCCUGUUCUGACCCUGCCCACUCCUCAGCCGUUGGUAGCGGGUCUCGUCCAGCCUCAACCUGUCACCGCCGGGGAAACCGUCGUAGUCCCCGACAACCUCCUCAGCACCUCAGGAGUCCGCCCAGUCGUCCUCAUUGGGCUCGGCACCUUGCCGUACUUCUAUGGGAACGUGGGGGACAUCGUGGUGAGCCCUCUGCUGGUCAGCUGCUUUAAGGGCAGCCAGCUGACUGAGAAGACACUGGCCGGCCUGGGCCUGACCAGCAGCCAGCUGCUGAGUGUGGACACCAUGAUCCUCCUCACCCUCCAGUACCUGGCACGCUUAGGUCCGGAGCAGAUUCCGCUGAGGGAGGAGUUUGAGCAGAUCGUGCUGAAGGCCAUGUUGGUUUGUCCGGAGGGGCCGUCCAUCUCCCCAGCUCAGCUGCCUUGGCUGGCCCGCCUGGAGGCCAGCGUGUCUGGGGGCAGUGUCCAGGUUCUGGUCAGCCACAACUCCCUGGGCGAGGGCAUCUCCGAGUCCCUGCGGUCGCUGUGCGACGGGCCACCCCACCAGCGGUGCCUGCCCACCUAUUUGGUUAUUGUGUGUGCCUCCAAGAUGACUGGCAAUGAGUUCUGUGUGCUGGUGCUGGGAAAAUAUCAGGCGCGGGCGCUAGCUGAGGGGAUGCUCACCACCAAUGAGUUUCUAAAGGAGAUCAGUUACGAGCUUAUAACGGGGAAAGUCAGUGUCCUGGCGUCUCACUUCAAAACCACCUCUCUAGGGGACAACCUAGACAAACAGCUGUUGCGUUACCAGCGACGCCGGAAGGGCCAGGUCAUCCAGCCUUUCCAGGGGGACGUCACCGACCACAUCCACUCCCAGGAGGCAGCCAGUAUGGUGCCGGCGUCUGAGUCAGAGCUGCUGAGUGAGGUGUUUCAGAUCCACCCUCCCCAACUGAGCGUAGCCAGGAGCCUGCUCUCCCAGGUGUGCUCUAUAGCCGACUCAGGCUCCCAGAGUCUGGACCUCGGACGCUUCUGCAAGGUGGACUUCCUGGUUCUAGUUCCUCCCUCGCACGUCCUUGUGAACCAGACCGCUCAACGCAUCCGACAAUCUGGUGUGCUGGUGGACCUGGGUAUAGAGGAUGCUUCCUCAGCCCACCAGAGGUCUGACAAGUAUGUGGUGCGACUGGAUGGAGACGUUCAUGCCAAGAUGGAGGCCUUCAUGAGGAAGGUUAAACAGAACCCUUACACUCUGUUUGUCCUCAUCCACGACAACUCCCAUGUGGACCUUACCAGCGCGCUGUCAGGCUCGGUGUGCAACGGGGAGCUUCAGGGUCUGGCUGAUAGGGUGGUCAACUGCCAGGAGGUCCUGGAGGCCAUGAACCUGCUGGUGCUACAGGUCAGCUGCUUCCCCUUCACCCUACAGACGCGACAGUCCCGCAUCAGUGUCCACAAUGAGGUGCACUGGCCUGCCAACCACUGCCUGGGGGAGCUGUCUCCUAAGGAGCAGGUGUACUUUGGCCUGAGGAGCUACAGCAGGUCCCUGCAGUGGGGGGUUGCCAGCCCGAUCCUGCGCUGUGACGACGCCUUCGAGAAGAUGGUCAACACAUUGCUGGAGAGGCACCCCCACCUACACAGCAUGGUGAUCCGGAGCUACCUGUUGAUCCAGCAGUACACAGAAGCCAUGAUGGCUCUGACCUCGUCUCCUUCCCUACGGGACCACAUCACCCCUGAAACCCUGGCCAUGGUGGAGGAUCUGAUCAGCGCCCCGGGCCGGGAGAGGUCCCAGGGCCGGGGUCACAUGCUGCUGGUCCGGGUGCCCUCUCUGCAGCUCGCCAUGCUUGCCCGCGAGCGCCUGGAGGAUGUCAGGGACAAGCUGGGUCUCCAGUUCUGCUUUGCCGUGGUGCUGGGAAGCCCUGCCACCGAGCUCAGCCUGGCCCAACACUUCACCAACCGACUCAUGGCCUGGCGGGCUGAGAGUGAGGACUGGGUCCCUCACACCUAUGAAGAUCUGGAGGGGCUUCCCUGCAUCGUCAUCCUCACUGGGAAAGACCCCCUAGGAGAGACCUUCCCAAGGUCCCUGAAGUACUGUGAUCUGCGUCUCAUUGACUCCAGCUACCUGACACGUACAGCGCUGGAACAGGAGGUGGGUCUGGCCUGCUCAUAUGUGUCCCUGGGAGGGGUGCAGGACCCCCAUCGGCACCAGGACACAGACAAGACCAGCUCCCCCCAGGACCCAGACCUGGACCUGCACAUGGACAUGGAGAGGCCCCAGAGCAAUGGCAGCGCUGCUACAAGAGGCUCUGGCUCUCUGGCAGAGAGCUCGUCUGAUAUCCCAGAUUCCUCCCAGAAGCCCUCCACAUCAACCUCCUGCGCCCAAGGAGGCAAAGUGGGGAGCGUCAUGAUGGACGAUGGGACUGGUCCUGUCGCCACCUCCUUCUCCCCCCACCAGGUCAAAAAGGAGUGUGACUCCAUGGGCAGUGCCGUGGCCCAGCCCACUAAAGCCCCUCCCUCUUUCUGCUCCUCGGCCACCUCCUCAUCCUCCCCGUCCUCCUCCAACCAGCGCCCCAGUCAGUCCACACAGUGUGGUCGGGGCCGCAAGUCCCCGCCCGUGUUUCCCCGGACCGUCAUCCUGUCACGCGCCGCCUACAGCCUCCUAGCCGGCGAAUCGGGGAGUCAGCUGAGCUCCUUCUCCCUGUUGCCUCACGCCGACGUCAGCUGGAGCAGCCCUCUGAGGCCCGACUUCAACCCUAACCUCCAGGGGGCAGAGCAGAGUCUCUUCUACAGACAGUGGACCAUAGCCAGGCAGCACCAUGCGGACCACGAAGCCCCCCCGGUGCCACACCCACGGCGCCUGCUUCUCAGUGGACCCCCACAGGUGGGAAAGACUGGUGCUUACCUGCAGUUUCUACGCAUCCUGUUCCGUAUGUUAAUAAGACUACUGGAAGUAGAUGUGUAUGAUGAAGAGGAGCUGGAGGAAGAGAUGACGGAAACAUCAGAGGCUGUACCCCAAGCCUGUCCGCAGUGGCCAGACAUCGAGGAGAUCCCCAAGCUACCCGUAGACCUUUUCCCCAGAGACCCGAAGUUCAGGCGGGCUAGUGCUGUUUACACUGCUAAGAUGCCAAAUGGCUUGAAAGAUCCUAAACUGGAAGAAGAGAACCAAAUGCCUGUAAAGAGGCAGACAGUGUCCAUACGGCUGAGUAUGUUCGCGGCCCACAAUGCAUUUCACCAUUGUGAACAGUGUCACCAUUAUGGUGAAGCCAACCCUGCCACACAGCUGUCGGAGUGCACGUUCCACGCUUUCACUUUCUGCUCGUCCAUGCUGGGAGAGGAGGUGCAACUCCACUUCAUCAUCCCCAAAGCCAAGGAACACCACUUUGUCUUCAGCCAGCAGGGCAGCCACCUGGAGAGCAUGAGGCUGCCCCUCGUCUUUGCCAAGGACCCCAGUCUGGUGAAGAGCCCGAUCUUCACCCCGACGACGGGGCGGCAGGAGCACGGCCUUCUAAACAUCUUCCACGCUAUGGAGGGUGCGGCCCACCUUCACAUCCUGGUAGUAAAGCAGUAUGAGAUGCAGCACUACAGGAAGUACUGGCCAAACCAUAUCCUGCUGGUGCUGCCAGCCAUGUUCAACAGUGCCGGAGUCGGGGCGGCACGGUUCAUGAUAAAGGAGCUGUCCUACCACAACCUGGAGCUGGAGAGGAACCGUCUGGAGGAGCAGGGGGUCAAGAGGCAGGACGUCUGGCCCUUUAUAGUAAUGAUGGAUGACUCCUGUGUGCUCUGGAACGCACACCAACCCCAGGACAGUAACAGGUACAGUGAGGUGGCAGAGGCCGGGCCCAGCCUUACCAAUGUGUCCCUGAAGACAGUACUGCAGCACAUGGAGGCCACCCCUAAGAUCUCCCUCUACGCCAUGUGUGGCACCCGCAAGUGGAGCAGCGCUCUAGCCCGGCGCCCGCCCAGCGCCCCCUUCUCCCGGUGUCACCUCCACGACUUUGUCAUGCUCAACGUGGACCUGACUCAGAACGUCCAGUACGAUCUGAACAGGUACAGCUGUGAGGAAGUGGACUUCAACCUGAGAGCCAACAGCAGUGGUCUCCUGCUCUGUCGUUUCAACCACUUCAGCCUGAUGAAGAAACACAUCCCCUUUGGAGGACACAAGGACUUCCUGGUCAAACCCAAACUCGUGGUGAUGGAGAACCCAGCCCUCAUCAGCCCAUCCCAGUAUGUCUGUGCCCCGGACAGUGAACAGACUCUCCUGGCUGCCCCAGCUCAGUUCCUGCUGGAGAAGUUCCUCCAGAGCUGCAGCCACAGACUAUUUCCCAAGGCCAUACAGAACCGUACCAACCCUGUGUUGUCCAUAGACAGCUACCUCAACAUAGGCCCUGAAGUGUCAGUGUGCUACGUCAGUUCCCGGCCACACUCCACAAACCUGGACCACCAGGGCCUGGUCUUCAGCGGCCUGAUGCUCUACCUGUGUGACUCCUUCGUCGUUUCCGGCCUCCUCAAGAAUUUCCACUUCCUCAAAGGUGCCACGUUAUGUGUGAUUUGCCAGGACCGCAACUCUCUUCGUCAGACCAUCGUCCGACUGGAGCUGGAAGAUGAGUGGCAGUUCCGUCUUCGGGACGAGUUUCAGACGGCAAACUGCAGUGAGGACCGACCGCUCUACUUCCUCACUGGGCGCCAUGUUUGACCCUGAGACUAAUGCCCUCCUGUCUCACAGACCCGAACCAGAUAGGUGGAUACCCGCUUACCACUGAUCUCAGACCAGCUAACAAUCAUGACUAUUACUGGCUUGUCUGUCUGAGGGCACAGCCGCUGUCCAGUUGACCUCCCGUCACACAAACUCUAAUCAGAGAAUGUUCCCUGGUCUGUUCCAAUCACAACAAUUCCCUGUCUAUCAAGAUACCAGAAAUACGUAUUAGGCCCUGAGAAUGUAAUGGACAUGUGAAUGGUGAAGGCAGAUGGGAGUGACUUAUCUGUGAUGCUCCUCCACCUUGUUGCAAUGUGUUUGGAACAGAGGUAGUUUGUCUUACCUCAGGUCUGUGUUGGGUUCGGUCCCUAAUCUGAGCCUGUUUGCAAUUCAUAGACACUGAGGCUCAGAGAUCUGCGCUAAUAAUACUGAUUUAUUUUCUUUCUGCAAUGAGCGAGUCACCACUGGUAAAUGGGAUUUAUUCAAAGAUUGUAAAUGUGCAGCUGUGAUGAAUGCAGUUCUUCUUGGUAUGUCCAGUCAUGGACCUACGCUUUAUCUCAGGGUUUUUAAAGUGAGACUUAAACAGAAGUUGUCCGUCACGAUAGGCAAGCUACUAUCUUUCUCACCUUCAGUGUCAAGUGGUGUUACUUUCUUAUCUGUUGUGAUCUUGUUGAUACCCCUGAGCUGAUAUGACCGACCAAAGACAUCCACAUGUGCACCUUGCCCUCAACCCCUCCUAUUCUUUCCCUUUCUUCUUACUGUCCCCCUUCACCUGUCUGCCUGUUUCAUAUCAACCCUCAAGAAGAAAUCCAAAUCUGCUAGUAGAUUACUCAGAACUUGAGCAACCUAAAUAUCUAGUGUAUAUUUUAUAUACUGGUCAGUCUGUGAUAACAUUUCUAAUCAAUAUCCAAGCCACAGUGCAGUCUCAUCCAUUCGAAUGGGACACCACAAGGACAUGGGAUUUUGUUUCAUUUGUGCCUUUUCACUGUAAUAUGUUUACCCUCGCUAAGUUGUUCCUGUGUCUCUUUAAUAAUCAACUUAUCCAUUCAAUUGGAGCGAAUGAGAACAGCCCCGAGUCCUGUUGACAAAUUAUCCAUCUCUAUCGGGCUGAUACUCUGACAAAGAUGAUACAUUUCCAUGAUUUUCAUCAGCUCUUAUUAGAUAAGGAUGCUGAGGAAUGAGCAAAACUUUCACUGCCACCUGAUCCUGUUGUUGACUGUGCCUGUGGUCUUAUCUCUGGCUUUAGCGUUGCUAAGUGUUCUGUUUUCUGUGCCUGAUAGUAUUGACAGCAUAGAGCACCACCUAUAUACCUUAAUUCAUCAAGUCAAAUCACCUACAGUUGCAGGGUUUUUACAUGAAACCAUGGAUAAUCAGAGAUUGGGUGUAUUACUGUAAUUUUCCAAUGAGUAGAUCAAUAAACCUGAAAUCAGGUAGGAAUGUUUUUUUAUAUUUUACUGCACAGGGUCAUCCAAAGAAUAUGCCUUAGUGAGUUCUGUUACAUGUAAGCAUACUCAUUCUCAUACACUCAAUGGUUACACAUUUACAGUGAAGGUAAUGUUGUAAUAUGUCUUACAAUGAAGAGGAAAUACCAUUUGUAUGCUAAGAGUUAAGGGAUCUUAGGAUUAAUAUCUGUUGUUAAGAGCUUUGUUUACAUGAUUAAUAUAUUAAAUCAACCCUAUUACGGCUUGUGGAGGGUUUUUUAUAUUUUUAGUAUUGUGUCACUUUUAUCAGUUUUGUUUUAGUAUCAUACUGAUGUCUUUCUCUGCAUUCUGUGUUUGAUGUCAUGAUAAUGUCUUUCUGUCUGGAUUCUGGGUUUGCCAGCAAGGCUCAAAGUAUCUACCUAAGAUUUCUUCUUACCAUAUGUUUUUUCCCCUCACAUUUCUCAUGUCAGAUUUUUGGUAGUAUUUAAAAUGAAAUGUCCUUUACAUUAGUGAUUCUUAUUUAUUUCAACAAGCAUUUUGGACUGAUAAUCAUAUGAAAGUGUAGUAAUAUGAAUUGAAUACUGAUGGAGUGUAUCCUCUUCUAAAAACAGAAAAAUUGAUGAAAUCUUUGCACAAGACCAAAAUAUCUUGAGUCUUAUCUACUGAAUGUUGUGGGGGUAGGAUAUGUUAACUUGCACUAUACAACUUGCCAGCAGCAAAAAAAGUAUUGAACAUUGUCAUCAAAGCUGUAAUGGUAGAUGUUUAACAAAUACACCAAAACAUAUUAAUCACACUUUCCAGAAAGUAACACAGUGUUGAUAUAUUGAUUAAUGAUCAGACACUUUGAUAUUGAUCAAACCCUUUUGACCCAUAGAAUGUGUCUUGUAUGUAGAUAAUUAGAAAAACACAUGAUUUAUGCAAUUUGCUUCUCACAAUCGUCACUGGAGCAUCUUCUGUUGUGCGUAUGUGUCUUAUUAGAGAUUUGGCGACUCACCCGAUGGUAGCCGUGACCUUACCGUCAUCUACCUCAUCUUGACCGUUGUGGUUGUAUUGUAGGCUGUGAACAUUUGACUUUGAAAAACAUGCUUUUGUUGUUGGAAUGUAUGAAUGUAAAAUAGUAACAUUAAAAUAAACUAAGGAGUUGUGA